UAUAGUGCACUAGUCGGGUUGUCAAGUGUCCAUUGUGAAAUCUAUCUAAGUUACUGGAUUUGGAAAGUAGACCUACGAGUUACUUUUCCCAGUUUGGUGCGAAAGCUGCGUACUAGUCAAAUAGUGAGCGUUCAACUGAAAGCAACAGCUAUUUAUUGAGUGUAAUUUACCGCAAGAAGCUUCAGCGUCGCUGUGUUGGUUACUACGCAUUAUAGGAAUUCAUUAAGAAGACGCCCGUUCAAUUUCACCAACGCUAAAAGGAUUAUUCAAAUAUUUAACAAAGAUAACAUUUAUUUUUUUCUCUCCAUCCCCGAACGGAAGUGUGUUCUAUUUAUUUACUAUAGCCCGCUACUAGAAAGCAUACAUCGCAGUGUUUUCAGAAGUUUAGGGUUUGUGAACACGCCUGUUGUUAUUUAAUUAUGCCAGAUUUAGGCCUACCAGUGGAUUGGGAUUUAUUUGCUCUCUUGCUUUUUCUCAAUGCUUUGUGAGAUAACGGUUUGUUUUGACUACCGUAAAACGUUGUGUUGCUCUGAAGACGCAAAACUUUUAUUUAUUUAUUGAGACAUCUGGGAAUUGUUGUUUUGGCAACCAUUUAAACGACAUUUUAUUAGCCACGUAACCCGAAAGAGACAUACAGGGUGUUAUAAGCGUUUGUUUUUUUAGCCUACAAAGAGAGGGUUGCUGAACUGUGGCUCUAUUUCCCCGGUGUAGUUGGACUGUUGUAUUAUGUAAUGCAAACUACGUUGCGAAACUUGGUGUUAUGUAGUUUUAUCAUAACAGACUAUUGUGUUUAUUAUAGCAGUCCAACGUGCUAGGCUGAUUCCAAGUCUCUCUGUUCCGAGGUAGGAUAGUCUUAACGGAGAUCAGUUCACAGUUGAAGAGUGCGCUUCCUCAACCACGCCUGCCCUGACCUCUAGAUGCCGGGCAUAAACUCCACCACCGCCUCUCGCUAUGAGUCCGGCUGGGAGAUGGAGUACGACCACUAUCAACAUUACUUCUACGACGACCACGAUCCAGACGAGGAUUUCUCUAAAUCCACUGCGCCCAGCGAGGACAUAUGGAAGAAAUUUGAACUAGUACCAACCCCGCCCAUGUCCCCUAUCCGGACUUUGGAGGGGGCCGCCGGGGUCGGGAUGGUCUGCCCUUCGCUGGGGGACAAACUCGAGUGGGUGUCCCAGUUUUUGGGUCAAGAGGACGACCAGGAUGUGCCGUGUAAACUCAGCUCAGCCGACGAGGCUUUGGGGAACCUGAGCUCCAUUAUCGUACAGGACUGCAUGUGGAGCGGCUUCUCAGCGGGCAAGCAGCUGGAGAAAGUUUUCGGGGAGCGGCUUGCCUCCUGUCCGAACAAACUGCCCAUGCAGGCGUUGGGAGCUGCAAUCACCACCGCCGGGAGGGCGCAGUGCGUGACGGUGCCAGUGGACGCGGCUGUUCCAGUUCUCGGUAGCCUGGCGACGGAUUGCGUGGCCCCGGCUGCUGUUCUCGCCUUCCCGCUAACCGGGGGAACGUUUAAGAAACCGUCGGUUUCCUCCUGUUCAGAGACCCACACAGACUCAUCAGAUGACGAAUCUAGUGACCAUGACGACGAUGAUGAUGAUGAUGAUGAUGAUGAUGACGAAGAGGAGAUUGAUGUGGUGACGGUGGAACACAAGCAGUACAAGUCCCGACGGCUGGUCAACAGCAGAGUUACCGGGGGACGCGGCGGGCUAAACAGACGGACGCCGGUGACAAUCAUGGUCCGGGCGGAUGCUCUGGACCCGUGUAUGAAACGCUUCCACAUCUCUAUCCACCAACAGCACCACAACUACGCAGCGCCUUCCCCGGACACACACACAGCCCCCGCCCUCUCCGGACACACAGCCCCCGCCCUCCCCAGAAAGAGGGUCCGACACGAGCCCUCAAACUCUUCUCAUAACUUCUCUAACACCCAGCCACACCUGCACCCCGCCUCCACAUCCAAUCAGAACUCUGAGAGCAAACCACAUGUCGCCGUAGCAACCAUCGGGUCGGAAUCAUCUGACGCCAACACACCCUCCCCUUGUGGAUCCCCGUCUGCCUCUCCUCGAUUAUCCUCCUCUCACCCCUGCAGCCCCCAGUCCUCCGACUAUGAGGAUACAGACAAACGCAAGACACAUAACUUCCUGGAACGGAAACGGCGCAAUGACCUGCGCUCUCGUUUCCUGACACUGCGGGAUGAGAUCCCCGACUUGGCAGAGUGUUCGAAGACGCCCAAGGUGGCCAUCCUAACACGCGCCACUGAGUACCUGGGACAGCUGCAUUCUAGCGAGCGCCAGUGGGCGCAGGAGAAACGGCAGCUGAAGGCCAGGCAGCAGCAGCUGCUCCGUAGGUUGGCACAGCUCAAACAACGCCCCUAAACUCACUGACUUGGCAGGUUGGCACAGCUCAAACAACGCCCCUGAACUCACUGACUGGCAGGUUGGCACAGCUCAAACAACGCCCCUAAACUCACUGACUGGCAGGUUGGCACAGCUCAAACAACACCCCCUAAACUCACUGACUGGCAGGUUGGCACAGCUCAAACAACGCCCCUAAACUCACUGACUGGCAGUUUGGCACAGCUCAAACAACACCCCUAAACUCGCUGACUGGCAGGUUGGCACAGCUCAAACAACGCCCCUAAACUCACUGACUGGCAGGUUGGCACAGCUCAAACAACGCCCCUAAACUCACUGACUGGCAGGUUGGCACAGCUCAAACAACGCCCCUAAACUCACUGACUGACUGGCAGGUUGGUACAGCUCAAACAACGCCCCUAAACUCACUGACUGACUGGCAGGUUGGCACAGCUCAAACAACACCCCUAAACUCACUGACUGGCAG